GGAGCAGCUUGAAGUCCCCCCUGUGACAGCUCAUCCAUUAGAGUUGGUGGAGCAGGCUGGGCUUCGGUCCUAUUGGUAAUUGCCUCUGAAAUGAAUUACUUGGCAGAGAGUGAGAAUGAGGGAGGAAAUGAAAUUGUAAUUGAACUGCCCCUUCCCUCCCUCCCACCAGCUCCCUUAUGCCUCAAGUUAUUACAUCUGCAGUGCAGAGAGUCAUUUUAUGUCUGCACAUACACAUUUAGACUGACACCAAAAUACACACACUAUAGAGCAAUGUUUUCCCUCCCCCAUAAAAUGGCCCCAGCAGAGGACCAUAUUGAUGCUGGGUGAUUUCAUAGAUUGAGUGUUUAUUGGCACAGGGUAACACUGCAGGGAAAUAUUCUCUUAGAUUGGUGUUUGUGUGUUUGUCUUGUACCGCACUGCCCUUUAUCCAGGGCGCCCGCUCCCUGACCUUUGUGUAUUGCUAAGGUCUACGCUAUGCAGGCCGAUGAAUUUGGCACAAACAAAAGUAUCAAGAGACCCCUGGUUACCUUAUACACACAGACACGUACAGCCAAACAUCGGUAUAAAUAACCUGCCUGCUGCUGGCCUGUUGACAGUCAAAGCCUGAUGGAUUAAAGAGCUGCCGCUAGUUUUGUUUAAAGUUUUUAUAUUUAUACACAGAAUAUGGUAGUUUCCUUUCUUAGAUUGGCAGCUGUAUUACAUUUGCUAAGACAGUCCAGUCUAUUAAGAGGGGGAGUGGGUCAACUUAUCCCUGCCACGGCCUGACACAUGUUGUGAAUCUAACCACACAAUAGGAUCUAUUUCUGUAAAUGCACUAGGGUUAUCUCAGUACUUACCCUGAGCUAUUUCUCGUUCCAUGUCCCUCCCUCUCUUUAUCUAACACUCUAACCCACUUGCUCAAAAUCAUGGCGGACAGUAACAGCCGGGUCACUGUUAAGAGGAAAGAGAAGAAGGUAGAAAACAAAGCCAAGGAUGAGAAGGACAAAGAAAAGGAGAAGGGGAAGGGCAAGGAGAAAGUGGUGAAAAAGCCGGACAAACCUGUGAAAACUGUGAAAACUGUGAAAAAGGAAGAGACGACUCCUGAGCAGCCCAAGGCGGAGGAAGAGAAGACGAAUGGGGAAAGUGAAGGUGCAAAGGGAGCUCAGCCUGAGGCAAACGUCAGUGAAGAAAAUGGAGAGUAUCAGCCCAUAGAACUGCCACCAUUUGAGAUUGUCACAGGGGAACAGAUGAGCCCCUUCUACUUCAAGUUUCAGUUCAGGAACGUUGAAUACUCCUCUGGGAGGAACAAGACCCUGCUGUGUUUCAGAGUGGAUACACCAGGAGGCAGCACAGAGCCUCUGAGAGGUUAUAUGGAGGAUGAACAUGCCACAGCUCAUGCUGAAGAGGCCUUCUUUCAACAGGUGCUCCCUGACCCUUCCCAAGAGUAUGAUGUCACAUGGUAUGUAUCAUCCAGUCCUUGUGUGGCUUGUACAGCUAAAUUGGCCAUCGUACUCCAGCAACGUAAGAAAGUCCAUCUCAGCAUGUUCAUCUCCCGUCUCUUUGAGUGGGAAGAGCCGGAAAUAGUGGAAGGGCUCCGAGCUCUGGCUAGUACCGGCUGCAAACUGAGGAUGAUGAAGCCGUCUGACUUUGUACAUCUCUGGGAAACGUAUGUGGAGAAGGAGGAAGAGAUCUUUGAACCCUGGGAGGACUGUCAGGAGAACUAUGAAUAUUAUGUGGAGAAACUGGCCGAUAUCCUCAAGUAGAUGUGCACAUGAUGACAUCACCACUGAGUCACACUUGGACUUGAUUUGCUAAACCCACACUGGUUGAAUGUGUUUUUUUUGCAGUUAUAUCAGAUGUUUUUGUUUGAGAAAACACUCAUUGCGACAUUUUGUAUUUUUUAUUUAGAUUAUUACAUAGGAAGACACAAUUGCUUGUAUGACAUUGUUAUUGAACACUUUAGAUAAAAAUAAGAAAAAAAUAACACUCAUUGCUGAAAGCUUUGGAGAAGACUAAUUUACGAUGCAUACAUUCACGACUAACCGAUGUGUUCACACAAAGACAGACAAUUAUUUAUGUCAGAAAUAUAAAUCUACCUUUAAUGUAUCAAUACAUAUGAAGUCAUAGUAUAGUAUGCAGUCUAUUUUUAAUACAAAGUUACAUUAUGCCUAUGACAUCCACGUUAGAAAGAUCUUUAAUGAUUUAUUUAAGUUCUCAUUGAAACCAACUACAUAAAGCUGUGUGUGCUGCAGAAAUAAUAAUACAAUAAUUUAAAUAGGCAAACAAAUUGGGUUUUACUAUAAGUUCAUAGAGUAUGUCUCAUCUGAAGCAAUUUGCACACAUUUUCCUUUACAAAGACCAAUUUAUGAGAAAAGAUUUGUCUGACAUGUCUAUUAUGCAUCUGGCCACAGGUGUUAGCUCUAAGAAUUGAAAACGUACUUAAUUCUCCUUCAGUUAACACAUAUUUACAGUGAAUUGAAUAAUUGUCAGCAGUUAAACAUACACAUUAUGAUUGAUGCUUAUAACAUAAAUAAUACAUUUCUUUUUGUAUUCCCUUUAACAGUUUAAUGAUGUGAAAUAAAAUAUGUACAAUUCUAA